AUGAUUCUGCACCGUACUUUCAUCGCUUUCGUCCUCAUUCUAGCCUUGGCCUUUUCUGCUUCGGGCAGAAAAAUCUAUCCACGUGGCGGCAAAGUAAGAAAGAUUGGAAGCAGUGUAAGAGAAAAAAGAGUUUCAGCCCUGUAGAUCUCAAUUUUCAGUGGUAUCCGUUGAAGAAGUGAGACAGGAAGAUGCCCGAUGAACGACAAAUCCCUUCCGACGAAUGAACCUACGAAUUCUGAUAAAUCUGUUGAAUACAUUUUAAUUUUGUGUUUUCUUCCAUAUCCAGGUUAUUAGAAGAAUUCACAAAAGAUUUCUGACAUGGACGUGAUCUCCUCGGACAAAACGGAAACUCGUGAAAACUGUGCUCUCGCACGUCUGUGCGUUCAUUUCUCGUCAAUUCUAGCAUCCAAGAAGUGACUACGACAAGCUUCGGUCUGUCUUCAAAAACAUUCUGGAAUGUGACGUCGAACCUUCUACAGCUUAUGUUGUCCCAUCGAGGAUUGAACAUGAUCACUCGGCAAUCCAGAAUCAUCCACUCGUCCAUCAGAAAUGGAACACUUCUCGCUCGCAACUCCGUAUCGAAAUGAUCUUCUUCCGUCACAUCUCGAUUGUUUCAGAUUCCGAUCGCCGUCCAGGACCGCGGAUUCUUUUUUGAAAAAAGAAGACAGUCGAGAUGUGAUCUGAAGAAUCAGUCGAUUGUUCAGGAAGACGGAGCAAGGAAGGCUGCCUGGAUAGGGGAUGGACCUUUGCAGCACGGAUGGUUUGACGGAUGUUUGACUACCUACGCUGCGGUAUAAAGCAGGGCGAGAUCUUUUAGGGAAUCCAGUUACAGGUCCGUCGUGGUCCUCUCGUCGGAGGAAAAGAAAUGCUCGGAAAGAGAGUGAUGGAGGAUGGGAAACUCGUUUGGAAAUGGAUCACUUACGAACAGGCCUUCGAAAUCAGCGACCACGUGUCGCAGGCCAUCCGAAAACUCGGAAUUACUACUGGAGAAGAAGCCAGAAUUGGCAUUUACUCGAAGAAUCGUCCGGAAGUACAGUAAAGAGAGUGAUGAAAUGAAACGCAAUCAAUUUCAGUGGGUGCUCGCGGACAUGGCGGUGCACAACUUCAGUAAUGUGACCGUUCCUAUGUAUGAUACCAUCUCGAACGAUGACAUGCAUUAUAUCACCAAUCUCUGCGAACUUCCACUCAUGUUCGUUGACCUCGAGGAGAAAACGAAACGUAAGUUCAUUGGGCUCUUUUUUGAUCAACAGUAUUCUAUUCAGAGCUCAUCCGGGACAAAUCUUACUUGCCCUCUCUCAAAUAUAUCGUGCAGUUCGACAAAGUCUCAAAAGACACUCAUCAGAUGGCUCGGGAGAACGACUUCCAGCUGUGGAGCUUUGACGAUUUCGUCGGGAUGGGCAGGAAGGAGAAGCAUCGCCCGCACAGUCCGCCCACUCCGGAGACCCUAGCCACCAUCUCUUUCACGUCCGGAACGACCGGAAGGCCGAAAGGAGUUCUUCUGACUCAUGCGAACCUUUGCGCCGCCACCAUCUCUUCUGAUGAAUUCGAUCAGAAUCCGGAAGGCCGCGACGGAUAUCUAUCGUAUCUUCCGUUAGCUCACAUCUACGAACGUCUCUGCACACUCGCCAAUUUCUCCAUUGGAUCGUACGAUGCUAGUUUUCUCCUAGUCAGAAAUUGUUCUUUUAGAAAAAUUGGCUUUUUCCGCGGGGAUCCGACACUUCUCAUCGAUGAUAUCCAAGCACUGGCACCUCGCUCCAUUGCCACUGUGCCACGCGUCAUCGACAAAAUACACAAGGGAGUGAUGAAGCAGGUACAGGACAAACCGCUAAAGAAGAUGAUUCUGAAGGCUGCCAUCGCCUACAAACUCUACCAUUACAGAAUGACGUGAGUUCGGAACGAGUAUUUGUUUCCUGAAUACAAUCGUGUUACAGAGGAAAAGCCACUCGGGACACGUGGGUCGACAAGUACAUUCUCCAUAAAAUCCAAAUGAUUCUCGGCCCAAACGUCAAACAGAUCAUCAUCGGCGCCGCCAAAUCAGAUGAUUCAUCGGUCAGAUUCGUUCGUGGCGCUUUUGGUGUUGAAGUCCUUGAGGGAUACGGCCAGACGGAAACAUCAGGUCCUACGGCAAUCCAAUUGGUUGGGGACACUCGCAUCGGAUGCGUCGGUCCUCCGAUGGCUUGCUGCCUCAUCAAACUAGUGGAUGUUCCGGAAUUGGGAUACCACGUCGACAAGAAUGGAGGGGAAAUCCUGGUGAAAGGCCACAACGUCACUUCCGGAUACUUCAAGAACCCGGAAGCGACCGCCAGUUCGUUCACUGAUGACGGAUACUUGAAGACUGGAGACAUCGGCAGAUUCACUCCCGAAGGAUCUUUGCAGAUAAUUGAUCGUCGCAAAAACGUGUUCAAGCUCCCACAAGGAAAAUUCGUGGCUCCAGAUCUCACCGAAUCGCUCUACACCUCCUCGAGAUUCGUUCAGCAGAUUUACGUGCACGGAGAUCUCACGAAGCCGUGGAUGGUGGCUAUUGUUGUGCCGGAUCCCGAGGUAACUGUUUUUUAGUGUAUUCGUCUUCACUCAGGUAAUUUUCGGCAAGUUGCCGCAAGAAUCUGAAUCGGUUCACUUGCCGCUCGCGCGCCCCACCCUUGCCGAAAAUUACCUGAGCAGUACAUUACAGUAUCUUGCCACGUACGCUGAACGCAAGCACAAUAUCACGGGGAAGAGUUACGAGGAGCUGUGCAACAUGGAGGUGCUCGCCAAAGACACUCUCCGUCACUUCGUUCAGUUGACCGAAGGCCAUCAGAGACCGAGAUACGAAGGAGUCCGUUGACACUUUUCGACUUCUUUUCCACGAGUUUCCCAUUCAUUCAGGUGUAUGCAGUGCACCUUACUCCGAUCGCUUUCUCGGCGCAGAACGACUUGACGACUCCAACUCUGAAGAACAAAAGGAACAACAUCGCCAAGUUCUUCAAAUCGGAAAUCGAAGCGAUGUAUGCGAAGGUCGAGAGCAGCGAAUUCUCUAAAAUCAGUGAAUAA